UUUUCACUGACUCGCAGCUCUAGAGUACGUACUACAGCAUCGCAUUUCUGCUGUUGGUCGGGAUUGGGAAAAGAGCAAAACUACGACAGGAUAGUGUCGACUGUCGUUGUCGAUGGCUUUAAUCUACCCAUGCAAAACGAAGGUGGUUCGGUCGGUUGUGUCAUAACGCAGCAGCAGGGAUUCAGUUGGGGUUUAACAGUCACUCGGGACGAACAUUUUUAGUGGCAGGCCUCGGCGUUUCGACACAGUGGUAGUGAGAGUGCGCUUCAAGACUAGAUAAUAUUAUAACCCUUUGCGUCUUGGUGUGUUUUUUUCUUAUAACGCGUGCUAUGCUUUAAUAUAUUAACGUUAUUUCCAAUUCUCAGCGGUGCCGAUUGUAAAAGAAAAUAUACUUUUGAAACGUCAAAAUUAGUCCAUUGAUGACAGAUUAGAUAGUUUGUUUUAAACAAGUUCUGUCAAGUGUGUAGAUCAUUUUUACAUUUUAACAUAAGUAUCAAGUUGGACUAAUAAAUACACAACAGUUUGUGACCAAGAAGGUACAAUAAAAAUUUUUGUGAGGGAAAUAAGAAGUGUUUCAAGCUGCGUUCCGACGAACCGGUGCCGGGCUUCAGCUCGGCUUCGCCAUGGCCUACUCUGGAACUAGAAUGGGGGCGCAAGCUCUAUCCAACAACGGGACCGCGAUCGGCCAGCGGUUUGAUGUUUGGUUUGCCUCCUUCAGGCACCGACCUAAAUCAGCCCAGAGGUCCGAUGACUUCACUAAAAGAAGAGCCAUUAAGUGCUCGUGCUUGGAUGCAGCCAGUAGAUCAAACCAACCUUGGUAUCGGUCGAGCACACUUUGAGAAGCAACCUCCAAGCAAUCUACGUAAGUCAAACUUUUUCCAUUUUGUGAUUGCUCUAUACGAUCGGGCCGGGCAACCAAUAGAAAUUGAAAGAACGGCUUUCAUCGGUUUUAUUGAAAAGGACUCUGAGUCUGAUACGACGAAAACCAAUAAUGGCAUCCAAUAUCGUCUUCAACUACUUUAUGCAAAUGGUGCACGGCAGGAGCAGGAUAUUUUUGUUCGACUCAUCGAUUCAGUAACUAAACAGGCAAUUGUAUAUGAAGGGCAAGAUAAAAAUCCGGAAAUGUGCCGAGUUUUGUUAACGCACGAAGUUAUGUGCAGUCGAUGUUGUGAUAAAAAAAGCUGCGGAAAUAGAAACGAGACGCCCUCAGACCCAGUUAUUAUCGAUCGGUUUUUCUUGAAAUUUUUUUUGAAGUGCAACCAAAAUUGUUUGAAGAAUGCUGGAAAUCCUAGGGAUAUGAGAAGAUUUCAGGUUGUUAUCUCAACACAAGUUACAGUUGAUGGACCACUUCUAGCCAUUUCUGAUAACAUGUUUGUGCACAAUAAUUCCAAACAUGGCCGUCGAGCAAAGCGGAUGGAUGCCACGGAAGGUACAGGAAACCCUCCCCUGUCCAUUUCGGGUCAUCCCCUUGCACCUGACAGUACCUACGAUGGACUCUACCCACCUCUCCCUGUUGCAACACCUUGUAUAAAAGCAAUAUCACCCAGUGAAGGCUGGACCACUGGAGGAGCGACUGUUAUCAUUGUUGGUGAUAAUUUCUUUGAUGGCCUUCAAGUUGUUUUUGGAACUAUGCUUGUUUGGAGUGAACUAAUAACAUCGCAUGCUAUUCGAGUUCAGACUCCACCACGACAUAUACCGGGUGUUGUAGAAGUAACACUUUCAUACAAAAGCAAACAAUUUUGCAAAGGUUCCCCUGGAAGAUUUGUCUAUGUUUCAGCACUCAAUGAACCAACAAUAGACUAUGGAUUUCAGCGCUUGCAAAAGCUUAUUCCCCGCCACCCUGGAGAUCCAGAAAAACUUCAAAAGGAAAUUAUCCUUAAACGUGCCGCUGAUUUAGUUGAAGCCCUUUAUUCAAUGCCUAGAUCCCCCGGAGGUACCACAGGAUUCAAUUCAUACGCAGGCCAAUUAGCAGUUAGUGUUCAGGACGGAACUGGCCAAUGGACCGAAGAUGAAUACCAACGAGCUCAAAGUAGCAGUGUGAGUCCUCGUGGAGGCUAUUGUAGCAGCACGUCAACGCCACACUCAUCAGGAGGUGGGUCCUACGGGGCCACUGCUAACGGUUAUGGACCAGCACCAAACAUGGGAGCAUUGUCAUCGUCACCUGGGAGUGUGUUCAAUUCUACAUCCACUAGUGCCUUUUCGCCAUUAAUUUCAACAGUGACAUCCCCGUGGCAUCAAGCUCUUGCACAACACCAUCACCAUCAUCACUCACAUCCGCAUCAUCACCAUCUUUCGCAUCAUCCACAUCAGCUUUGGCAUAAUCCUACAACGGUGUCUGCAACAGCAGCCGUUUAGUGGAUGAAGAAGAGAGAGAUCUGCGUGAUGCGUUUGCAUUCGUCGAUAUCGCCCUUGAUCUGUCCUCACACUUUUUAUAAAGAAAACUUUAAUAAAAUUAACAUAUUCUCUUAAAAGGAUGGGAGCGGAUGCACAGCUCACAAUGGAGUUGGCGGAUUAGGAUUCAACCCGUUUGCCUUACCUACGUGUAGCACACAAGGAUAUAGUACGAGUCAGUUAGUUACUUCGUCUAAAUAAUAUUUGUAAAGAAUAAAACAUUUGUAUACACAACACCAUGACUGGAAUGUAUCACAUAAAGGAAAAAAAGACCGCAAUAUUAAAAGAAUUUAUUGAUAAAUUUUAACAAACCAUAUCGAAUAUUUUUAUCAUAAAUAUACUAUUGAAGCAUUGCAAAAUUGCUCAUAAGAUAUUCCUUUUACCUUUAUUUUAAGUAGCUAGCUUAUAUUUAAAUUAAUUAGAAUGUUUGUAUGUAUGUAUACGAAAAACACAAAAUUGCACACUUACCUAUAAUAUAUAUAUACAAUACAUAUGUAUCGUAUGUUAAUUAUGUGUAUCAACAUAUUUUGUAAAAACUAUGCACAUUAUAUAGUAUUUCAAAUAACUCUAAAGUGUUUUAACAUAUCAUUGUAUAGUAAAAUAAAAUUGUUAACCUUUGUAAAUAUAUUAUUCAAUUACAUUAAUACAAAAUUAAAUGCAAUUAUU